AGUACAGCCUGCUGUUUAAUACUGAAGGACGCCACUCUAAAAACUCCACUGUCCACGAUCGCUCAGUGGCUUUCCUGCUGUCAUUGAGAAAAAAACAAGUUGUGACUUUUGGAUUCUUAGCGUUCCAUCAUGUGUAAAGGACUUGCAACCCUUCCUGCAACCUGCCUGAAAAGCGCUAAAGAUAUCAAGCACAAAAUAAGCUUCUUACUGCAGAAGCCUGAACCCCAUGCUGCAGAUCAGAAGGAGAUAAAGGAAAAAAAUGUGACGGCUGCUGUAAAGAGGGUCCCUGAUGCUACUGAAGUAGAGAAAUGGAAGGAGUCGUUCAGUCAUGUGAUGAGCAGUGAACUGGGUCGUACAGUCUUCACCACCUUCUUAAAGUCAGAGUUCAGCCAGGAAAAUGUUUACUUCUGGAUCGCUUGUGAGGACUAUAAGAAGACGUCACCUUCCAAGCUGGCAACUAAAGCGAAGCAAAUCUACCAGCAGUAUGUUGAUGCAGAUGCUCCCAAUGAGGUAAACUUAGAUGCAGCUACAAGAGAAAAGACAAGGCGGGGAAUUGAGAGCGGCAGUCCAUCUUGUUUUGACGAGGCUCAGAAGAUGAUCUACACUUUAAUGGAGAAGGACUCUUACAGAAGGUUCUUAAAAUCCAAUCAUAUUCAGGAUCUGUGUCAGAAAGAGAAGAAUACUGCUCAAGAGAAAAAAGAAUGUGAUUGGGUUGAUAGCCAGCAGGUGUUAGCUGGUGGGGCCUAAACUAGGAAUGACAAGAAGAUUUAAAGCAGGUGCCAAAGUUAGAAGGUGCAGCAGAGAAGUAGACUAAGAAGGACAAAUAGCCAGAAAGAGUUUGACCUUAAGGGUGAUUCCUAUUUUGGAUGACUUUUCUUUAACAAACUCAACUUGCUGUUAUUUACUUGCAGAGUUUAGCUGUCAUAUAUUCAAUAAAAGUGUAAUGUUUUCUAUCUCUGAA